AUAAAAUAUAUAUCUCAAGUAGAUUGUAAUGUUUAUUGUUUAUUUACAGCCCAUAUAAAGUUUUAAUAUUGCAAUACAGAUAAUAAUUUUACAGGCUCAUAAUUUUUUUCGAUACUGACAAGUGACCGAUAAGGACUUCAAAUGAUAUUUUUCUACGACUUACAAGUCAGUAUUGUUUUAGGCCUCCAGCAAGUAAAUCGGAAUUAAAAAUGGUGAAUUCAAGACUUAAGGCGUCAAUAAAACGAAAUUUGUUGACAAUUUUGACAAUUUCGGCUGUGAUUUUGAGUAUUAUUGUUGGAAUAUCGAUGAGAGUGUCUCAUUCAAGUUAUAGUCCACGUGUUGUUAUGUAUGUUAAUUUUAUUGGUGACUUGUUCUUACGGAUGAUUAGAGCGAUCACACUUCCGUUGAUUAUUUCAUCAGUAAUUGCCGCAAUUGCACCACUUGAUAUUUCGUUGAGUAAAAAAAUUGGCACACACGCUAUUAUCUAUAUUAUCUCCACGACAGUAAUUGCUGUAAUAAUUGGAAUAAUUUUGGUGUUGACAAUAAAACCUGGUGGGAAAGGAAUUGAGAAUGAUAAUGUUGAAGAGAGGGAGAGGCAAGGAAAUACUAUUGUGGAUACUAUGUUGGAUUUGUUGAGAAACCUCUUUCCACCCAACAUUGUCCAAGCAACCCUACAAACCUACCAAACAGUCCUGACUCCACCAGACAAUAACACAGACAACGUCUACGAAUGGGAUAUAUCAUCAAAAUAUGUCGAUGGAACAAACAUGCUUGGCAUAAUUUCAGUUUCAAUCAUCUUUGCAAUCACACUCAGCACAAUCAGAUCUAAAGUAACAAAUCUUGUCAGCGUAUUACUAGAAUUCAUGCAGGCAAUGAUGAAAAUUGUUCAAGUCAUCAUUUGGAUAACGCCAGUUGCUGUUUUCUUCUUGAUUCUUGCGAAAUUCUUAGAAAUGGACGACAUUGUUGAUGUCUUUUCAAAACUCGGACUCUACGUCGUUACUGUUGCUAGUGGAAUAUUCAUUCAAGGCUUCAUCUUCCUACCUGCUUUAUAUUUUGGAUUUACUCGUAAAAAUCCAUUCAAAUUCCUUGGUCAAAUCGGACCUGCAAUCCUCACAGCCAUUGGAACAUCAAGUUCCUUAGCUACACUCCCAGUUUCCAUGCAAUGCGUUGAAGAAAAUGCAGGAAUUGACCCAAGAGUUGUGAGGUUCAUGCUUCCUUUAGGCGCUACAAUCAAUAUGAAUGGAACUGCAUUGUAUGAGGCUGUUGCUGCGAUUUUUAUAGCUCAAUUGAAGCAAAUGGAUCUGUCAAUUGGAAAUGUUGUGGCUAUUGUCCUGACAGCAACAGCAGCUAGUAUUGGAACUGCCGGUGUGCCACAAGCUGGACUUGUAACCCUAAUCAUGGUUCUUGAUACAAUUGGAAUUCCAGCUGAAGAUGUGUCACUGAUUAUUGCGAUUGAUUGGAUUGUGUAAGUUUUAUAACUUUUUGAAUGUUGAUUCUGAAUCUGUAAACUUGUCUGUUGGUUUGACGGUCUCUGGAGCUGGAUUUGCAAGACAUACUUGAGGAUUCGACUUAAGUUUACCCAAGAAAUCAUGUCUUAUCAUUUUGUCAGUGCUCCUGACUCUUCAUCUUUGUAAUGAACUCGCUUAACUAUGAACUAAUCCAAACCCUUGCCUAUCUAUGCAUCAAUUAUUACCCAAAUAAUCAAAACUUCUCUUAUACUCUUCCAGUGGUCGACUGAGGACAACCCUCAAUGUCAUGGGAGAUGCUUACGGAGCAGCAAUUAUUGAAGCAACAAGUCGAAGUGAACUUGAAAAACUUCCACUUCAUAAUGCGAAAGUAGAGAGUGAGUCUGACAACAAUCCAUCGACUGAAGUUACAAGUUCUUGAGAUAUUAAAUUGUAGAUUUAAAAAAUUGAAAUAAAAAAGUUGUAUUUUAAGGUUGAAAA